UCGGGCGCGGCGGAGCACGAGGCGCGCGAGCCGGCCAAGGAGAAGGCGCCGCCCGCGCACCGCAGCCCGGCCGACGGCCUGGCGGGCGCCGCCGACCUGGGAGUGGACGGCGCGGGCAAGGGCCGCGCGCCCGGGGAGCAGGACUGGGCCGGCCGGCCCAAGACGGUGCGCGACACGCUGCUGGCGCUGCACCAGCACGGCCACGCGGGGCCCUUCGAGAGCAAGUUCAAGAAGGAGCCGGCCCUGACUGCAGUGGCAAGGACGGCGCGGAAAAGGAAGCCUUCUCCAGAGCCGGAGGGCGAGGCCGGCCCCCCCAAGAUGAACGGCGAGGCCCAGCCGUGGCUGUCCACCGCCGCCGAGGGCCUCAAGAUCCCCAUCACCCCCACGUCCUCCUUCGUGUCUCCGCCGCCCCCCACCGCCUCUCCUCAUUCCAACCGGACCACGCCGCCCGAGGCGGCCCAGAACGGCCAGUCCCCCAUGGCCGCCCUCAUCCUCGUGGCCGACAACGCCGGGGGCAGCCACGCCGCGAAGGACGCCGGCCAGGUUCACUCCACCGCGCGGAGGAACAGCAGCAGCCCGCCCUCCCCGUCCAUGAACCAAAGAAGGCUGGGUCCCCGGGACGCGGGGGGCCCAGCCGGCGCCGGGGGACUGGAGCCGGCGCACGCCGCCAGCCUCCCGGACUCCUCGCUGGCCGCCAGCGCCCCCCUGUGCUGCACGCUGUGCCACGAACGGCUGGAGGACACCCACUUCGUGCAGUGCCCGUCCGUGCCCUCGCACAAGUUCUGCUUCCCCUGCUCCAGACAGAGCAUCAAACAGCAGGGCGCCAGCGGGGAGGUGUAUUGCCCCAGCGGGGAGAAGUGCCCGCUCGUGGGCUCCAGCGUGCCCUGGGCCUUCAUGCAGGGCGAGAUCGCCACCAUCCUCGCCGGAGACGUGAAGGUGAAGAAGGAGAGGGAGUCCUGACUUCCGCGCCCAGAGGAGCCCUGGCCACCGUUACCGCAAACUUCCUGAACUGUAUAUAGACCUCCAUAUAUAUAUAUAUAUAUAUAUAUAUAUAAAAUAUAUAUAUCCAAGACAAGGGAAACGUAGACUUCAUAAACAUGGCUGUAUAAUUUUGAUUUUUUUGAAUACAUUGUGUUUCUAUUUUUUUUUCUUGACGACAAAAGGUAUGUACUUCAAAAGGCAUUUUCCUCCUCUGUUAACGUUAUUGGGCCGUCUGUGCUUGACUCCCGGUGACAGUUGCUGUUCUCUGUAGGCUGUGACUUGGCUGCUCUUUUUUUUUUUUUUUUUUUUUUUUUUUAAGAGCACUUGGCAAACAUGCUUCUAGCUGUAUUUGUAUGCACUUAUUUUAAGAAAAGACAAAGAAAAAAAAGCCAAAUACAUUUUUCCGACCUUGUUAGAUUGCCUUACUGUCUGUCAUUCCCCAUGGCUGGCCCUGUCAGGCUGGAGGCCAGUCUGGAGGAGAGGAGUGGAAGGGCAGGCUCUGAGGGACGUGCCCCUGGGAAGGCCGCCGCCCAGCGGGCCCUCGGGAGGGUGGGGACGUGGGGCUUUCAGCUCUCGCUGGUCAGAGGUGCUGCUGACAGGCGUGCGACACUGUUUGGGCUCUGCUUUGGUUCUGGUUUCAGUGGAGGGCAGGCGCAGCCGUGCUGAACGCCCGGGCUGUGCAGGCCCGGAGGGGUCGGGGCCAGCUCUGUUCUGUUCUGCUCUGUGUCGCUUGCCUGUCCUGUCCUUUCCGCCAUUGUCGUCACCGUACCUGCGCCCGGCUGUGCUGAGUGCUCACUGCCGGGUGUGCAAUGACAGUUCCAGCCCCGGGGCCGCCAGGAGCCCCGGGCGCAUGCGUGGUGGGGCCACCUCGGGUGGAGGAAGCCUGCAGGCUUGCCUCGUGUGUCCGAGAUGCUACGGGAGUGAAACCAGUUCUGGGGAAAAGGUGGACCCCGGGGGGCCUCUCUGUUAGCCAGCCGCCUCACACUGUUUUUGGAGGCUGGCCUUCUGUGAACCGAUUUCCCAGACCGCUGUUUGUGCAGGUGAAGUGAUGGUUUCUCUGAUGUAAACAACAGGUCAUUAGCUGUUAGCCUGGUGGACCCUCCGUGGCGCUGGUUUCUGUGGGCCUUUCCUCUGUGCUGUUUUGGUUUACCGUCAACGGAACACUGACGUGCAGUGUUUGUGAUUGGGCCUGUGGUUCUGUCAUGGCCUCCCCGUGUGCUGUAGUUUGUGUGUUGUUCACAGCCUGGCUUCUAUUUUGAUUUGGAGAUUUGGGUUAUCCCCAGCUUGGGAUCAUUUCGGGUUACCUGGCUUUGUUUUGGAGGUGGUUUCUUUAGUAGUCCAGUUACCAACCCUUGGACGCUGGCAACAGUGCACCAAACACAGCAUUUCUUGUCGUGUUUUCCCCAGUGGGCCUCGCCCUCCAGGUCCCUGUCCUCGUCAUUGUGGUGUUACAGACAGGCUUGCCCGAUAGACCGGGCCCUCCUUCCCGGGACUCCUAGCCCCCUGGUCUCCGAGGCAGAGGCACACAGAAAAAGCCAGUUUCACUUGCCCUGAAAGAGGAGGACACAGCUGUUGGUAGUGUGAAUGUGUCUCUGAGCACUUUAUUAUAAACUGGAAUUUGACCUCAUAGAAGUUACAACUAGAUUAGUCAUUUGACCUAGUUUGCUGUGGCCGUCUGUAAUCCCAACACAGAUAAGGUCUCCCAAAACAGGAAUGAAGAAGCAUGCUGCCGAAUGGGGGAAGUCGGUCCAGCUUUGGGAAAGGCCACCUGUGGUUGCUCUGAGCUGGAAGCAAAGGAGGCGAAAGGCCUGUUUUAGGGGGGGCUGUGCCUCGGCCCGGCCUGGUGGGCUUCGGAGGCCUGGUGGCCAGUGUUGUCCUGGAGGGGGUGGACAGGGUGGGGGGAGGCCUCCUGUGGCCUGCUCUGCAGCCGUUGGCACGGGGACCUGGGUUGAUCUUUUCUUGUCCUUGAUGACACUGGGGGUGUUGUCCACAGCUGGGGAGAAACGUCAGAUUCCCGGCACUGCCCCAGCGGUCGUUCUGAUGCUCAGCAUUAGGAGGGGUGUCAGUGGCCCCUCUUUUGCUUUAACCGUUUAUAGAAUUUAACAGCUCUAGUUAGUGUCUUUCACAUGGCCUCACUGAAGUUCCGAGAGCGUACUCAUGGUUUACAGCUUUUCUAUUUACCUUUCCCUGGCCACCAAGUAUUCUGAAAGUGUGCCACCUUUUAACCUUUGCCUUUUUUUUUUUUAAGUUGAAGGUGAUACUUUUUCUAUAUAUGAUGAAACUCAUGUCUACUGAAAUAAGUGUAAUCUUGGCUAUCAACGUUAUAUUUUAAAACCACACUAUGGAAAUAUCACCUGCAUUCUGUCAUUUGUCAGAUUUACAGUACUUUUUUUUCUUUUAGCAUUAAAUAAAAAUAAAAUUGGGAGCACUGAA